CUUGUCCUGCUCUGUGAUACCUCAUGUCCCUGGGCCUGUGUCAGUCAGAUUAAUGGAUCAUUGAAUGGAUCUGACAUGCACAAGCCACUGACCAGUUGACCUCUCGUGACCCGCACCACGUGCACAGAUGAUCCUCUUACCCCCUCCUUUCACUGCACCGGCGCGUGAUCUCCAUGGGAACGUCGUCACGCAGGAGGAAGUGAACGGGACUGUUUGACAGAGCGCUUGCUAAGCAUGGCAGCAAAGGCAGUUCUGCCUAGGAGGGCCGACCCCACUGAGUUGAAAGCCAUUUUUGAAAAGUAUGCCAGUGUAAAGAAGAAUGGUGACCACUUCAUGUCACCACAAGACUUUGUGAGCCGUUUCCUCCAUGCCCACACAGACAUCCGGCUGUCGGAUGAGGCCACAAAGCUGCUGGCUGGAGUGGUGGACCAGAAGAAAGAUGGGUUGAUCUCCUUUCAGGAGUUUGUAGCGUUUGAGUCGGUGCUGUGUGCCCCAGACUCCCUCUUCAUGGUUGCCUUCCUGCUGUUUGAUAAAGCGGGCAAUGGAAUGACCACUUUUGAGGAUGUGAAGCAGGUCUUCAGCCAGACCACCAUCCACCAGCACAUCCCCUUCAACUGGAACUGUGAGUUCAUACGGCUGCACUUUGGCACGCAGAGGGACAAGCAGCUCAACUACGGAGAGUUCACCCAGUUUCUCCUGGAGAUGCAGCUGGAACAUGCGCGACAGGCUUUUAUCCAGCGGGACCAAGCCCACAGCGGCUCCAUCUCAGCCUUGGACUUCAGGGACAUCAUGGUCACCAUUCGGCCGCACAUGCUCACGCCCUUCGUGGAGGAAUGCCUCGUGGCGGUUGCAGGUGGCAGCACAUCUCAUCAGGUCAGCUUCUCCUACUUCAACGGCUUCAACUCCCUGCUCAACAACAUGGAGCUGAUCAGAAAGAUCUACAGCACCCUGGCUGGCCACCGCAGAGAUGUGGAAGUCACUAAAGAGGAGUUCAUUGUGGCAGCUCAGAGGUUUGGCCAGGUGACACCCAUGGAGGUUGACAUCCUCUUUCAGCUGGCUGACCUGUCAGAGCCCCGUGGACGUGUUGGUUUAGUGGACAUUGAGAAGAUCGCUCCGCUGGAGGAAGGCGCCCUGCCCUACAACUUGGCAGAGGUCCAGAGACAGCAGUUGGGCAGUGACGGUUCCCGCCCCAUCCUCACCCAGGUGGCAGAGUCGGUCUACAGGUUCACCCUUGGCUCAGUGGCAGGGGCUGUGGGAGCCACAGCAGUGUACCCCAUUGAUCUGGUGAAGACUCGCAUGCAGAACCAGAGGAGCAGCGGCUCCCUGGUGGGAGAGCUCAUGUACAAGAACAGCUUCGACUGCUUCAAGAAGGUGGUGCGCUACGAGGGCUUCUUUGGACUUUACCGAGGUCUGGUACCACAGCUACUGGGUGUGGCGCCCGAGAAAGCCAUAAAGCUCACAGUGAAUGACUUUGUGCGAGGAAAGACCAGACAGAGAGAUGGCACAGUCCCUCUGGCUGCUGAGAUCCUGGCCGGUGGAUGUGCCGGUGGCUCCCAGGUGAUCUUCACCAACCCCCUGGAGAUAGUGAAGAUUCGUCUGCAGGUGGCAGGAGAGAUCACCACCGGGCCGAGGGUCAGCGCCCUGUCCGUCAUCAGGGACCUUGGCUUUUUCGGACUUUACAAGGGUUCCAAGGCUUGUUUUCUGCGGGACAUCCCCUUCUCAGCCAUCUACUUCCCCUGCUAUGCUCACACCAAGGCUUACCUCACUGAGGAGGACGGAAGAAUAGGCCCUGCCAAGAUGCUGUUUGCUGGAGCUCUGGCAGGCAUGCCAGCGGCCUCUCUGGUGACCCCAGCAGACGUGAUCAAGACCAGGCUACAGGUGGCGGCGCGUGCCGGUCAGACCACCUACAGCGGCCUGGUGGACUGCUUCUGGAAGAUCCUCAGAGAAGAGGGGCCCCGUGCUUUCUGGAAAGGAGCUGGAGCUCGAGUGUUUCGCUCCUCGCCUCAGUUUGGAGUGACUCUGGUGACCUAUGAACUCCUGCAGCGCUGGUUCUACAUCGACUUUGGAGGACAAAAGCCGGCUGGCUCGGAGCCCACCCCCAAGUCUCGGAUCAGCCUGCCGGCGCCCAACCCCGACCACAUCGGAGGCUUCAGGUUGGCUGUGGCCACGUUCGCUGGCAUCGAGAGCAAGUUUGGACUCCAUCUCCCACGCUACACGGUGGUGACGGCCGCGGCGGCGGCAGCAGCCCCCGCAAACACCCCCUGAAUUGCUUACUUUUUCAGGGUGGCGGCGGGGGGGUAAGUGAAAGAGAGGGCUGUAACGUUCUUCGUACUCAAGUAAUUGUUUGUAGGAUUUUAAGUUAUUGAUUUAAAAUUAUUUAUUAUUUUUUCUGUGACAGAUGUUGAAUAUACCUUAACAGCUUUGGAAGAUAGUAUCAGUAACUACACACAGUUGCAGCUUUUUUCCAGUGUCUUCCUUUUGUUGCUUUAUAAUCAAAAGCACAUUCCUCAUGUGAUCAAUAUAGCUGGCAAAAGGAGGAUCGAUCGGUCAUAAAUGUGACACUUCUGUAUAUAUGAGAUAAUCCAGAGACAUAUUUUCAUAUCUACACAGCUGUUUUGAUCCUGAGUUGCUCAUUUGAUCAAAUGUAUUUACAAGAAUACGAGCAAAAAACAAAAAGUACUUGAAUGUAAAGACGACGUGUAACAUUCGAACUGUAAACAUUGUUUACUGUUGUUAAGAUGUUUAGUUUCGGGUCUAAAUGCAAUGCAGAUGUGUAAAUAUCUGAAAGAGAGAGCUGGCAGCAACUGCAGAUCUGUAGUGUGUCACGACUGAGUAUUUAAAAAUCUGUACAGUGCAGAGAAUGUAGUGUUACAUAUGGUGUGUAAUAAUCGUGCCUUACUGUACGUAUGGCAGCAACAUGUGUACUGAGAGUAAAGAGAAACUUAUAUUAGUAAA